ACCUAGCUGGCUAGCUAACGUAAGAUGGCUAACGUUAGCCAAUAAAUAUUAUUGGAUAUGGCGGGUUAGUUUAACGAAAUAAAUGUUUAUAGACAUUAGGUACGACUAGUUAGUUAUUUCACAACAACUAUGGACCCGAGGCACAAAGAAAUACUCAGGAAACACCGGCUGGACCUGUCCAACCAAAUUUUAAUUGAUGACACCAUAGUUCAAUUCCUGUACCAGGAGAACAUUUUAACAGAGAGCCAGGUGGACGAGAUUCAGUCCCAAAUAAGCAACAAGAAGAAGACGUUGAGACUGCUGGAUAUCCUUCCCACCCGAGGUCCGCGGGCGUUUGGUACAUUUCUGAAUUCCCUGGAGGAAGAGUUCACUUGGGUGAGAGACAAGUUACUCCAGGAUUUGGAGCAACCCAAUGUGCCUGUGCAAAGUCCAACAGAUGAGUGGAACAUUCCAGAGGUGACGCUCCGAGCAGUCCCGUCCGACAGACAGUUGUCCCGGCUGGCAUCCCGUCUCGGAUCGGAGUGGGAGUCGGUUCUCCUCGACCUGGGCCUCUCCACGGAGGCGCUGUACCGUUGCCGUGCCGACCACCCUCUGAGCUUGCACGGGCAGGUGCUAGCAGGGCUGAUCCAGUGGAGGCAGAGCCAGGGGAGGAGCGCUACAGUCCACAGGCUGCUCCAGAGCCUGCAGUCCACUGACGUCCACCCCUCUACCCUGGACGAGGUGUUCCAGUGAGGGGAGAGGACACUAUGGAUCGUGGGUGAAAUCCUAAAUGGAUGACAGCCGUUAGCUCAGCCAGACCAGGGUUUCCGUUAGGAAAAUGUGACCAGACAUUUGUGUAAUCUGCCGGUCCCAUGUGCAUUGGGUGCGUAACCUGAUUAGAGUGUCCACCCAUCGUGCUCAGAAUGACAAAUCACAGCUAGAUUAUGGUAAUUCAUAGUAACAGAAUAUGCAAGUCGAGGAUGCAACAAUGAAGAUAGAAUAACUGUCUACAGUUUACUUUUCCUCAGCCAGCCAGACAAGUAACUAACAGCAAAAUCACUAGCCUGUCAAUCUACUAUCCCCCAUAGUACAAAAGUUUACCUAUUCUAUUGGUCAGCUUGUUGAGAGAUAGUCUAUUCCAACCGACUCUGGGACAGUUGUGGGAUGAUAGAGCCCAAAUUCAUACAACCAGUAGGCUUAGGCUACAUAAAAAUAAACAUUAAAAAGCAAUGGGUCUGAUGCCACAGAACAGAACGUUUAGCUUAAAAUGUUAAACUAUUUAUUCACAUUAUAAGCGCAGGCAGUAGGCUACUCACGAAUGUUCGUUCCAUAAUGCAUUUAGCGGGGAAACGCAGUUGUCGAAAGGGCACCACACACUUGAGCGGUUUCAUGCGACGGAGAUGAAAAUGUCCAUUAGAAAUGUAGAAAGAGAUCUAAUAGGCUACUUUGCAGAAAGGUAAGACAUGCCUCAUAUGUAUUGAAAGGAAAUGCUUAGCCUACUGCCUCCAGCUCAUUGCAAAGUGGUGUGUGACGCAACAGCAGUUCUCGUUCUUUGACAGAUUAUCUGCUCAAAGGCUCUGUAUCUGUAUUCUGUACGGGUGUGAUAAAUACGAUGCAUAACAAAUAUACUGUAGCCUACACAUUUGCCAAUUUAAAAAUAACCUAUAGAACGAUAAAUAUAACCAGUCAAAUGUAUUUCCAUCAAUGAAGAGGCUAAAAAGCAUUAUUUCGCAAUGAGAUUUUUUCUUUUCCAGGACAAUUGGCCAGGGCCAAUUUUUUUUAUUCAUCAGCUUUUCUUUUUUUUUUAUAGUCCAAAAGCCGUCUAUUACCGGCUAACGGAAACCCUGAGCGAGAUGUGUCAUUGGCCUGGCCCUGUUUGUGUGUGUUGAAAUGGGGAAAUUUAAGAUGAAUAAAGUUAAUAUUCAGUUAAGGGUAUUUAACACAAUGCUGAGCAUAUUUAUGUUUUCUCGUUCUGUAAUACACAUGAUUUACAGUGUUUUAUUUGGGCAACUCUUUCUGGUUGAUGGUGUGAGUGUUAUGAAUUGUUCUCGUAUCUGUUGAUAGUGAUCGUUGAUAGUGAUUGACGCCAGACUGGAGGACAGAGGACACUGAUUUGUUACUGUAAGAUUAGAAUAAGCCAAUUUCGAAAAAACACACAGGCCUACACACAAACACACACUCCUAAAAACGCCCCUUUACUCAGUGACUCAGACCCUGAAAAGUCAACAAACACGAUGGCAUUGCGACAUUCACUCUCUGUGGAAAACAAAUUCACUGAUAGAAUUUUCCUUCUUUCAUGUCCAGUAAGUGGACAUGGAAUUACAUAACAUCUAGUCUUAUUUUCACAACAUAUUGUUGUAGCAUUACGUCACAAUGAAUCGGCGACAUUUAUGGCCAGCAACAAUAGUUAAGCACCGCUGCACUCAGUUUUUAGAAAACGGAAACGCCUCAACAAGGUCAAGGCUGCAUGCCCAACAAGCACUCUCCAGGAUUUUUCCAAGUUUUUUAAAAAGUGGAGCUGAAAUUAGAGGAGUUUGUACAUGAACUAUAUUCUUGAACUUUUUGCCUAUGAUUUGCCUUUAAAAAGUAUUCUAUAUUUGUCCACCUUUUUUACAAGGUGGAACUGGAAUGGGGGUUUUUCUCUUUAAAUGGCAUACAAUGAUUGUACAUUUGUCUGUGACUGCCUCUUUAUUUAGUGCUUUAUUGGUCUUGAUGUCAUGUUGCCAUUUGUUCAUGUAGGGCCAUUUUACAAGAUGUUUAAUUUCCAAAUGUUUACAGUUGUAAA